GAACCGUCGUCACUGCCGUAUCGUUUGGUAUAUACCGUGUUACCGGUCGCGGUGAGUGUAGUUUUGAAUCAUCGCACAAUACACAAAAAUAAUAAUAACCAUUGUCGCCAUCAUCAUCCUCGUUCGGGAAGCAAAAUAUUAUACAGCGUGAUUGGCGAUCAUAAAUAACCUAUAUAUACGGAUAUAAAUAUAUAAUAAUGUUUGUUAUAUCAAGGAUUAGUAUUAUAUAAUAUACGGCAUUCGCGCAUGCAGCCGAACCAUGAUGUGCACGGACAUGUCGUCUAACAGGGCGAGGUAUAACUACACGUGGAUGGCGCAUCUGCGCAGCCUGAACCUGACGCAAGAAGAUCUGCAGUACCUGAUCAACAUCACGUCGUUCGAUGAUCCGGACGACGACGGCGGUGACGGGCACCAUCACCACCCGAUGGACAACGGUUGCUACAACUGCGGCGGCGCCGUGAAGAGCUACUCACUACUGUUCCGGGCGGCGCACGGCUACGUCAGCCUGUUCCUGUGCGUGUUCGGCGCGCUGGCCAACGCGCUCAACAUCGCGGUGCUGACGCGCAAGGACCUGGCUGGUUCGCCCAUCAACCGGAUACUGUGCGGCCUGGCCCUGGCCGACCUGGCCCUCAUGGUCGAGUACACGCCGUUCGCGUGCUACAUGUACCUGACCACCGCCAAGAAGGAAGAGUUCUCGCACGUGGGAGCCGUGUACGUUCUGCUCCACACUUACGUGUCGCAGGUGUUGCACACCACGUCCAUCGCGCUCACGCUCGUCCUGGCCAUGUGGAGAUACGUCGUCGUCAAAUUGCCCAACUCUAUGCACGCCAUAUGCUCCGACCGGCGAUGUAGUAUAGCCAUCAAAUUAUCGUAUCUACUGCCGUUCAUUAUUUGCAGCCCAACAUUUCUAGUGUUUGAAAUACUGGAAACGAAAGUCGUCGAAAACGGCACUGUGGCCACGUUGUACCAUUUGGGCUUGAGCACCAUAGCAAGAGUGAACCAUGAAUUAUUGUACAUGAUACAUCUGUGGACAUAUGCUGUGAUCAUCAAACUACUGCCUUGCCUAAUACUAACCGUCGUUACCAUAUCUCUGAUAAACGCGUUGAGUGAAGCAUCUGAAAGGAAAGCAAAGCGACUUCCAACCCAGCAACAAAUGGCUCGUAUAAGGAAUAUGAAACUUAAGAAAAGGAUGGACCGAACUAGCCGUAUAAUGAUUGCGGUGUUGUUAUUAUUUCUUGCCACGGAGUUCCCGCAAGGAAUACUGGGUCUACUAAGUGGCAUACUGGGGAGGGGUUUUUUUCAAACUUGUUACAGUCUAUUUGGCGAGCUUAUGGACAUGUUAGCUCUCUUGAAUGCGUCGUUAAACUUUGUAUUUUAUUGUUGCAUGAGCAAACAGUUUCGAGUAGCGUUCGGUCAAUUAUUCAAAGCCCAGCCUAGCAUUAUGUUUAAGCCCAACAAUAUUUUGGAGACAUUCGUAUAAGACUUGGAGGAAGGUUAGGACAGCAUGAUUGAAACCGUGGAAAUUAACCGAAUAUUGUUAUGUAAUAUUAAAUAUGCCCGCUUUUUAAUCCUGAUGGAAAUUACGGGUAAGUUAAUUUAUUUCAUAGUUUUUAAAUAUGUUCAAACAUAAACGUUUAACCAAAUUAUAAUCACCAUUCAAGUCAAUAGCUUUUUAAUAUAAGCUUAAGUUGCUCAAAUAUGACAAAAUGUCAUAUUUUUUACUAUAAUUAUUAAUUUAAUAAAUUUUCUUAAUUUAACACUAACUAUAAUUGUCAUUAUAUAUUAGGGUGUGUUUUUAAACAUAACUAUUGUUGACUCAUAUAAAUUAGACUGCAUUGACGGGGUUAUGAUUUUUAAUAUUCAAAAGUUAUUUAUUUUUUUUUUAUCCAAAAGAUAUUUUAAAUACACAUAAAUAAUAAUAUACUUCUGUGCAUACAAUUAAAUUGGUGGUGUACCUAAUAAAUUCUUGAUUAAAAAUCAUAUUUCCAUAUAAUGACUAUUUAACCGAAUCAACACAACACCCACCCAUUAAUUUUUUACUUUUUUAUUAUAGAAUUUGGAAAUAUUUUUCAUAAUAAAUACUAUUGUUAUAAUUAGGUAUAAAAGUUUUUAAUACCUUUAUUGAACUUAAUUUAUAUAUAUCGGUUUAUAGUAACAUAAUUAUUAUAAAAUGCAUCAAUAUUAUAUAUAGAUGUUAUAUAAUCAUACAUAAUAUAAUAUAUAAUAUAUAUUUAUUAAUUAACAAAAAAAAAAUGGUUUUAAAAUACAUAAUGUUAUACAUACUUGAGUAAAUAUUUAAAAAAUACCUAUUUAAUAUAAUAUUAAUUUUUAUUGAUCUACAUCUGAACUAAAUGUACCUAUAAUAACCUCGAUAAUAGUUUAUUCAUGUGAAAUUCUUAUUAAUUUGUUAACUUUAAGCAAAUGUAUUUUAUAAUUUAUUAAUUUGUCCAAUUCUUUAUAAGUAAAGCUUGUUGUAAAAACAAGCAAAAAUAUUUUAUCAAAACUAAAAAUAGAUUGAAAUAUAUGAAUGAAUAAUAAUACUUAUUAAUUUAGAAAUAAAUAAUUUAAAAUAAGGAACUAUUGAAUUAAUAUUAUAAAAUCAACACUUAACCAAAACUAUGUAAUUAUACAAAAUAAACAUAAGGGUUAGGUAGAUAUACCUACUUCAAUUCUCUACAAUGAUAUUUUUAAAAAGAAAAUUAGUUUAGUAGUAGCUUAUAGAAGCCCUGGAAACUUUUCUUUUUUUAAAACAUAUAUAUCAAGAAAAUAAAUAAAAAAGAAACCAAAAAUGGAUAUUUUUACGAAACAUAUUGAUGUUUUCAUCAUCGAAGCUAAAGAAAGAUUCGAAGCUGCCGCAAGAGCGAACCCUUGGUCUUACCCUUAUUUUUUUCAAUUUACACAAUAUUGUGUGUAGUUCAGUUGACAUCACUUAAUUCCAUACAAUACAGUGAAACUUUAUGUUUAUAAUUACUAAUAUGGAAAUGAGAUAUAGUCCAUCUGUAAAAUAGCAACCUAUUGUGUUGGACAAAACACAAAGUUAAUUAAUUGAUUUUGUUCUUUAUUUAUAAGGUUAAAAAAAUAAUCUCACAAUGAGAUCAUUAAACUUUUUUAAUAUUAUGUAUUUUUUAUUCAAAAUGUUUUUUAACUUUCAUGACUUUUGACUACAUGAGAUAAUUUUGAACUAUUGGGUAGUGACUACUCUUUUUUAUCGAUUUAAAUAUUAGGUAAAGAAAUGUAUUAAGGCAGUUGUCAAUACAAAUAAUAAAAUAAUAAAAAAAUAAAAUAUUCAUAUUAUGUUAUAUUAGAAUAACAAAACCUAUCCAUUAUUUGAUAAAACAUAUUGAUAUUAUAAUGCAUUUUAAAACAGUUCAUGUAAUCUAUUAGUCAACAUACCUACUUCAAAAUAAUUUAACAUCAAUUUCAAUAUGUCAUUUUCAGAAUAUAAUUCUAAGGUUUGGCACAGUAAAAGAGUUUGAUUAAUUCAUAAUUUAUGCAUAAUACCUAUAGUGAAAAAUUAAUUCAACAUACUGGAAGUAAGUUUAUUGAACCAAUACAAACUGCCAUUGUUAGUAAUAUUCGAGUUCUAGUACUUUUUAAAUAUAAAUAUGACAUUUAAAAUAUAUAAAUAACCACUUUAUUUAUAAUAAAAACAAAAACAAUACAAUAAAAUGUUUUUGUUCAAACAUUUACAAAAAUACAAAAAUUAUAAUAGAUUAAAACCAUUCAAGUUAUAUUAUUGAUAAUUUUGUAGGAAUUGUAUUAAUUCACCAAUAAAAGUUGCCUUUUUAUAUGAUUGUAAAAGACAGUUUUGUAUAGGGCUAUAAUAUUAUAACCUACAUAAAUCAUCUAAUGUUUUAAAAAUUACUUAAUUCAAUAUUUAAUCUAAGAAAUUUAAAUUUGAUAGAAAUUCCUAAAUUUUAAAAUUUAAUAAUUUUAAUAUGUGUUAUGAAAUGUUCAAUAAAUGUAAAAGAAUUGAAAUAAUUAUAAAAUAUCGAGUGGUAUAACUUUGAGUUGAUUCACUUUGAAACGUUAUUUCAAUAGAUGUGUGUAAUGUGUAUUUUUAAGCCCCGCACUCAGCAGGAUAUUUCAGAAUAUUUAAUAUGUAAAAUAUAAGUUACCUAGUGAAAAAAGAGAUAAUAACAUAUUGAUGUACCUAUAAUAUGAUAUUAAAUUAUAUAUUAUUAUAUGUUUCAAACGAUUUUCCCGUGUUUAUGUUUACCCUAUUGUUAUGAAAUAUACAUUACUUUUCGAAAUGAGUUUGUACAAAAUGUUUGAAUGAAUAAUAAAAUAUAAUAUAUUAUCGUGUUAUUAUUUGAUAAAAUGUAACGUUGAAUAUUCGUUCAAAAUAAUGUAAAAAUAUUAUACCAUAUUAAAUUGUUAUGUAG